GCUGGGACAUGCACCUCCCCUCGUCCAUAGCAUACCAUGCUAAAACCCAACCGGCGGUAUAAAAUUAAAAUCCAGCAACGACACACAUCUUAAGCCUUGCCAAUUGUCUCAUCAUCCUCAGGACUUCCAUUCCAUGCCCCCCACCCUGCCUAACGUUACGUACCCAUAUAUCAGCACCUCCCUUCCGCCCUCCUCCUCGCCAUUUGCCCACCGCCACACGCCCGCCACAGCUAGGCUAGCUAGCUAGCUAGUCCCUCGCCGCCUCAGGGCCGGGUUAGCGAUCUGUACAUGGCCGCCGCCGGCUGUUUCGAAGCAGGAGAAGCCAGCAGCGGCAGCCGGGCGACGCCGCGGCGGCGGGGGCGGCGGCGGCCAUUAUUACUAGCCAAGAAGCCGCCGUGGCGGCUGGUGCUAGCCUUUUUGAUCCUGAUGCUGGUGGUGCCGAGCUGCUGCCAGGCGACGGCGCGAGCGCGAGGCAUGCAGCCGUUCCGGGGCAGGCCGCUGCUGGAGCCAGGCAGCGCCAACCGUUUCCUGGGGUUCUUCCCCAGGGGCCCCGUGCCGCCGUCCGGCCCCUCGCGGCAGCACAACUCCAUCGGAGCGCAGGACCAGAGCCAUCCCUGACGAUGACGUACGUAUACCGGCGCGCCGUCGACCGUCGUCGUCGUACCAAAUGUUUGGAGAGAGAGAGAGAGAGGCUGGUCGAGAAAAGAUAUAUUGUAGAGUAAGAUCUCGAAGAUAGAUACGUAGUUCGCGUCGCAUGCAUCAUCGUACGUGGAUUAAAUUGAAUCCUUGCUUCCUUGUCGGUCGUAGCUAGGCUCUCGUAGUGGUUGGUUAGUUGUAGCACGCAGCAGCACUAGCAUGUAUACUUGGAGGAGAAGAGGCACGUUUCUUCUCUGUAGGAUAUGAUGUACAUGAGGCUAUUGUUUUGUUUUUGUUUUUUUUUUGGAGAAGAAAAGGUGGGUGGAGGCGUUGUUUAUCGGUGCUUCA